AUGGAAAACUUUGGAACUGGAGAAAUGGCAACUCCACAAUCUGUCUUCACAUUUGCUCUCUGCAUUUUAAUGAUAACUGAAUUAAUACUGGCUACAGAGAGCUAUUAUGAUAUCUUAGGAGUUCCAAAAAAUGCAUCUGACCGCCAGAUCAAGAAGGCGUUUCACAAGCUGGCUAUGAAAUAUCACCCAGACAAAAAUAAGAGUCCUGGUGCAGAAGCGAAAUUUAGAGAAAUUGCGGAAGCAUAUGAAACAUUAUCAGAUGAGAAUAAACGAAGAGAAUACGAUCAGUUUGGCCGUCAUGGAGGACAAGGAAAUAACGGAAGCCCGUUCCAUCAGUCAUUUAAUUUCAACUUUGAUGAUCUGUUCAAAGACUUUGACCUCUUCAGUCAAAACUCACGGUCCAAAAAGCACUUUGAAAAUCACUUCCGAAGCCAUCGGGAAGCGCACAAUCGGCAAAGACGUUCUUUCCAAGAGUUCUCCUUUGGAGGUGGACUGUUUGAUGAUGUGUUUGAAAAUAUGGAAAAAAUGUUUUCGUUUAGUGACUUUGAAAACGCACACCGGCACGCGGUGCGAACUGACAGCAGGUUUCAUGGAUCCAGCAAGCACUGUAGGACUGUCACUCAGAGGCGAGGAAACAUGGUUACCACGUACACAGACUGUUCUGGACAAUAAUGUUUCCUUUCUUCUCAUCUCUUUUCUUUAUCUUUCAACAUCUUCAUAAUUUUUCUUGGGUUUGUGCUAACAUGGAGAAAAUAAUUUGAACUGUUUGUUCUAAAAAACACUUAAAUGUUAUAAAGAAAUUAUAGAUGAAACUAAUCUUCAGAACAGAAACAACAUGCAUUUGGGUUGUAGAUGCCUCACUAACCACUUAGAAUGGGAAAGAAA